CCCAGAAGCAAGGAACCCCGCCGGACGGACGUUCAUUGACCCUAAUACGUAUUUACACCCCGCCGCGGACCACAAUUACCGUCACCGGACGGAACGUCAGGGGAGAGGCAAUGACUCUAUAUCGGUUGGUUGUCCUCGGAGACGGAGGCGUGGGAAAGACAGCUUUUGAAUUGAACAUCAGCCCGUCGCAGACAUAUGAUCCAACGAUAGAAGAUUCAUAUCGGAAGCAGGUCGUCAUCGAUGAAUUGCCUUGUAUACUGGAGGUCCUAGAUACAGCGGGACAGGAGGAAUAUACAGCGUUACGGGACCAGUGGAUACGGGACGGGGAGGGAUUUUUGCUUGUAUAUUCUAUAACGUCCCGAAGCACCUUCGAACGUGUGGAGAGAUUUAAGCAGCAAAUCACGCGGGUAAAAGAUAUGGAUAAGGUACCUUUAAUGCUGGUGGGAAAUAAGUGCGACAAGUUAGCAGAGCGUGAAGUUUCCAAAGAGGAAGGACAGCAGAUGGCGAGACGAUUGAAAUGUGAUUUUAUCGAGACCAGUGCAAAAACCUGCUUGAAUGUUGACAAAGCUUUUUAUAAUGUCGUUCGAAUGAUACGACAACAGAAAGAUGGUGGUCUAAGUACAAGCGAGCAGAAGAAAAAGAAGAUAUGCACAAUCCUAUGA